AUGGUGCUGCUCCCCCGAGGCAUCGCUUCCCGGAGGGCGAGGAACGCGGUGGCGGAGUUCCCCGACAACGCAAACAAUCUCUGGGAGAUCAAGAUGCGCCCCGAGCCGGGGUACCUUUCAGUGGGGGUGAGCCGCAGGUGCCACCCUUCGAGGCCUCCGAUCCCGGACGAACGCGAAGUCAAGCGCCUGCACGCAGAGGCGGUGAAGAAGCGGAAAGAAGCAGUAGAGGCGGCUGCCGACAGGAAGAGGAAGAGGAAACAAAAGCACGACAAGGCAUGCAAAAUCGCACGCGCGGAGGGGAAGCCGCGGCCCGCUAUGCCCGAGUCCACGAAUGAGGAGGAGGACACCUCGGAUGCUGAGGUCAACCUUCCGGGUGAUGACGAGGUGGCAACAAGCGCGGAUUCUCCGCCGGUCUAUCAAGAGGCUGGCGACGAGGACGUGCCAGUGACGUUGUGUGAAGCGAGGCCCACACCGGGGUUGUUGGUGGACCCACCCCUCGCGGGGGCGGAGCGGAGGUCGUCCACACCAGCGGCGGGACGAAGGUCGCCCACGCCGGCGGCGGGCGGAAGAUCGUCUACGCCCGCGACAGAGCGGAGGUCGCCCCUACCGGCGACGGGUGAGGGGAUCCCCGCGCCAGCGAUGUCGACGGGCGGCGACGGGUCUGCGGCGAGCGCGGGGACACCCGCGCAGACGGCCUCGAGGUUUCAGGCCGAUCCGAGGACGACACCCUCGGAUCAGUCGUCGAGGGGCGUCAGUGUGCCGCGGGCCCGAAGGAGUGGCUCGGGCAAAUGCAGUAUGAGCGCCCGGUCCGGCUCCGGUGCCAUUGCCAAGGAUGCAGCCCCGCUCGCGCCGGCCAAAGCACUCAAGACAGGGGUGCGCGUCACGCCGCACACGGCGCCGCAGCCCCCGCCCGUCGUAGAUAUUGUGGCGGAGGCCGCGAAGCUGCGGGAGGCGAUGACUCGAGGGGCCCAAGCGUCCCAACAGGCUCGAGCGCUGGGGAAUGGGGGCGAUGGCGGCCAGAGCAGCGUUGAAGCAGCCGCUCAGGCUGAUGCCGUGGGGGAGGCCGGCCGGGGCAGCGCAGAUGACGCUACCCAGCCGGACGUCGAAGUCGAGGCUAGUCGGAGCGACGCGGAUAGCGCCGCCCGGCCGCUGCCGGAUAGCAGCGAGCAGUUCGGGGACUCGAGGGACAUCGACCCCGCUGCUGCGGCAAGCGCCGCCAACAAGAUCGCCGAGUUUACGUCGGCCUACGAGGAGGCGCUCAAUGAGGGAACAUCCGAGGGGCCCUAUCACGGGGCAAUCAUCCAGUCCGGGGUCCCCCCGGAGUUUCUUCACAACGAGCAGGAGGAGGAGGCCGUCUGGCAGGCGCAGAUCGAGGCAGGCUCUCAUAUUCUGAACCACCUCGAUCGUGCCCUGGAGCUCCAUAGGACGACGGAUUACCAGAUCAAUCAGGUGCGCUGGCUUGGACAGCACAAUGCUGGCUUGGUGCUCCAGAACAUCAACGCCAACACCAAGAUGACGGAUCUGGGGGCACGUCAGUAG